AUAGGAAUGGAUUUUGCUUCUGCGGUAAUGUUCUCGGUACGGUGGUCCCUCCUCGAAGCGCGAGUGUCGAUCCGUCACGCUGCACUGCCUUGAAUGAACCCGUUGAAUCCCCCUGUGAUCCACGCGCGCGCUCCCGUGUGAAAGUUUCGUGUUUUACCUUUUCACCUUUUCACCUUCUUUCCGGGGUUCUUACAGCAAGUGUUGGUGGCUAGGUUACCCCCCACACACAUAUUGGUCCUUUUCGCUCAUGCUCUCUCGCGCCCUGCUUCGCGCUCUGUGCUCUACCUGCAGCACCUCGUCUUACUCCCCCAGUGUUCCCUGUGAUAGCAGCUGAGGUGGUUUUUAGAUUGAGCUCCGCAAAUCUGGGAAAAUCCUCACGAGAGAAUAUCGCCAUUUGCUUCAGAGACGAUUUUACAGCAAUUGUAAUGUUUUCCAGACAUGGAGGCUUGACUUGAGUCUCUYGCUGUCCCUAACCUGUACGGAUGUUCAUAGUUCAACCAUCUCCUUCAGCACGCGGGUCCCUUCAGGAGUGACAACUGGCACCUUGGACGCGGGACUGGCGCGAGGGAGGCGGCACGAAUGUGCUGCCGGGUCUGUAUGUGCUGCUUUUCGCGCUGAGUGCGUUUUCGGGACUAGAAAGAGAAGAGCUUGCGCGUGCCAUUGUACCGGGGUCGGUUGUCGGGAAGACUCGUGAAGAUGCUGUGGAAUCGGAGGAUCCUCUUUUCACACGUGUGCUGCGCCAGCUUCCUUCUGUUCUGGAUUAUGCUGGGCACGGUGGUAGAGGUGAUGGGGUCCCAGCCGGGGAUUCCUCUCUCAGUGGUGAAGUUAUGGGCCUCGGCGUUUGGUGGAGAAAUUAAAUCAAUUUCUGCAAAAUACUCUGGAUCCCAGCUGCUGCAGAAGAAAUAUAAAGAAUUUGAGAARUCCGUCCGAGUGGAAGAAAUUGAUGGCAUGAAAGUGGUCAAAACUCUAGCAAAGAAGAUGGAGGAAAUGUUCCGGAUGAAAAAGGAGGCCAUGCGGCGGCUGGUGGAGGCAGCAGAGGAGGCCCAUCUACAGCACGAGGAGGACCCAGAGCUGCAGUAUGAGUACUUUAACGCGGUGCUGAUCAACGAGGUGGAUGAGGAGGGCAACAACGUGGAGCUGGGAGGAGAGUUCGUUCUGGAACCCAACGACCACUUCAACAACCUGUCAGUCAACCUCAGCCUCAGUGUGGUGCAGGUGCCCACCAACAUGUACAACAAAGAUCCAGCCAUAGUGAAUGGGGUGUAUUGGUCAGAGGCCUUGAAUAAAGUGUUUGUGGAUAACUUUGAAAAAGAUCCGUCCCUGAUAUGGCAGUACUUUGGCAGUGCCAAGGGCUUCUUUAGGCAGUAUCCCGGGGUCAAAUGGCAUCCAGACGAACACGGGGUCAUCGCCUUCGACUGCAGGAACAGGAAAUGGUACAUCCAGGCAGCGACGUCUCCUAAAGACGUGGUGAUCCUGGUGGACGUGAGUGGCAGUAUGAAGGGCCUGAGACUGACCAUCGCCAGACAGACUGUCUCCUCUAUACUGGACACACUGGGAGACGACGACUUCUUCAACAUCAUCGCUCAUUUCAAAGAACACCUGGACAAGCUGUUCGCCAAAGGGAUUGGUCUGCUGGGUGACGCUCUGACCGAAGCGUUCACCAUUCUAAAUGAUUUUAACCAGACUGGGCAUGGCAGUGUGUGUAGCCAGGCUAUCAUGCUGGUGACUGACGGGGCAACGCAGAUGUACGACGACGUCUUCGCCAAGUUCAAUUGGCCAGACAGAAAGGUACGCAUAUUCCCUUACCUGAUUGGCCGAGAGUCUGCCUUUGCUGAUAACAUGAAAUGGAUGGCCUGUGCUAAUAAAGGGUAUUUCAGUCAGAUCUCCACACUGGCUGAUGUACAGGAAAAUGUGAUGAGGUAUCUUCAUGUUAUGAGUCGUCCUAAAGUCAUCGACCACGAGCAUGACACGGUCUGGACAGAGGCCUACGUGGACAGCACUCUCUCCCAGGCACACAAGUCCAGAAACAAGAAGGGCCCUAGCCUGAUGACCACUGUUGCCAUGCCUGUGUUCAGCACCAAGAACGAGACGAAGAACCAGGGUAUUCUCCUAGGGGUGGUGGGCACAGACAUUCCUCUUCAGGAACUCAUGAAGAUCAUCCCUAAACACCUGCUGGGUAUCCACGGUUACGCCUUUGCCAUCACAAACAACGGCUACAUCCUGACCCAUCCGGACCUGAGGCCACUGUACCAGGAGGGCCAGAAGAGGAGGAAACCCAACUACAGCAGUGUGGACCUUUCAGAAGUGGAGUGGGAGGACAAGGAUGACUUUCUGCGUAAUGCCAUGGUCAACAGGAAGACUGGGACAUUCUCCAUGGAGGUGAAGAAGACAGUGGACAAAGGGAAAAGACUCCUGAAGAUGCACAAUGACUAUUUCUACACUGAAGUCAAGGGAACUCCCUUCAGUGUCGGAGUGGCUUUGUCUAGAGGCCAUGGAAAAUUCUUCUUCAGAGGAAACGUCUCAGUGGAAGCAGGGCUCCUUGACCUGGAACAGCCAGAUGUUGCGCUGGCAGAUGAAUGGACGUAUUGUAACACAGAUGAGCACCAUGAGCACCGCUCCCUCUCCCAGAUCCAGGCCAUUAAACUCUACCUGACCGGACGCAAGCCACACAUCAAAUGUGACAGAGAGCUGAUCCAGGAGGUGUUGUUUGAUGCUGUGGUCACAGCCCCACUGGAGGCCUACUGGACCGGCCUGGCCCUCAACAAGUCCGAGAACUCAGACAAAGGAGUGGAGAUUGCUUACCUAGGCACACGCACUGGCCUCUCUAGAACCAGCCUGUUUGUUGUCCCAGAGCACCUAUCCAAUCAAGACUUCCUGACGGCGGAGGAUAAGGAGGGGGUGUUCAACGCUGACCACUUCCCUCUGUGGUACAAGAGAGCAGCAGAGCAGGUUCCCGGCACCUUCGUCUACUCGAUCCCCUUUGGAGGAAAUGAGAAUAAGAGUGUGGUUUGGCCAGCACUGCCAUACAACUGCUGGAUGACAGGAAGUCGCCUAUUGUUGCUUCGUUGGAUUCAGAUGAAGCUGGAAUUCUCGAGGAAGUUCUGGACCGCUAGUAGACAGUGUGCUGCUCUGGAUGGGAAGUGCUCCAUUGCUGUGAUAAUGAGCGGGCUGUUCUUUGGAGAGGUGGAGAGUGCUGUUAUGAACAAGCUGCUUCUCAUGGGUCCUUCAAAAAUCACUCUGUAUGACUACCAGGCUCUCUGUAGAGAGUAUGCUGGCAGCAGUGACAGCGCACGCUCUCUAUCACAUCCCUUCUCCAUCGUGAAAUGGCUCCUGACCAAACUUGUCAUUUUCCUGCUGGAGUUCAACCUUUACAGCUGGUGGCAUGUUGAUCUCUCAGUCAAAGCCCAAAGGUCAAGGGGAAAGACCAUGAUGGUGCCAUGUGACACAGAGUACCCUGCCUUCGUCUCUGAGCGUACCAUCAAAGAGACCACGGGAAACAUCGACUGUGAGGGCUGUGCCAGAUCUUUUGUAAUUCAGCAGAUUCCCAGCGUAAUUCAAUGGUUGUCGGACAACAAGUGUGACUGCAGCUCUGCAACCCUGGUUUCCAUGGAUCCCAUCGAGAUUAUGUACAAUGAGUCUCUGAAAUGUGAUAGGCUGAAGUUUCAGAAAGACAGAAAGCGGCCAGAAUCGUGUCAUCCUUUUCAACCUGAGGAGAAUGCCAUGGAGUGUGAGAGGGCGCAGGCUCUCUGCCCCCCUUACAGCAGCACUGCUCCCCCUACUGGCCACUCUCAUUAGCAGGUGACCACACCGCCCUCGAGGCCCACCGUCCUGGACCCAACACUGGACCUAACACUGGAGAGAUUGAUUGACUGGCGCACCAUCAAAUGCUGACAACGCACAGGGAGCCUCGCCAACAAGAAGAACUUGCUCAUAACUAACUGAGUUGCGUAUUACCAACAGAGAGACGGACCAAUUGUAAAGCAUCUCCCUGACCAGCAGAGAAAUAACAAAUUAGACGACAUUGUUCACGAGAAACAGAACAAUAUUCCAAGGGGAAAACAAUAUGGACAUUAGACAGAAAAAAUACACCUGCGAGCAGCAAUGAACGGGUUUCACAGGAUGACAGAAAGGACACAAGAUCAGUUGGAUAACAAAGCCAGCACUCUGUGAUGUAGGAACUAUCUUCCUUUAUGUGCAGUCAGUGAAAGCAUUACCAUGUUGAUUUAAAUCUGUUGGUUCACUCCACAUUAGCGUUCCAAAAUACUUCAAUACACUCUCACAGCUGUAAUACGCUGACUGUGCAAGCGGCAGGACAGGAUUUUACAGAAUAAAAGAUCCACUUUUCCCUACGUUCAGACAACAUAACACAGGCAACGAUAUAUGAUUAUACAGAUAUACAAAUCACAAUAUUUGACAUAAUUUAUUUGCAUGAGACAAAGUCCACUUGAUCAAUAGUUAUUGCUCUGGUAUCAUAUGGUGGCACUGGUGACGAUGAGAUCUAUAGUGCCACCACUUGGUCUGGUGCAGCCAUCUAAGGUUGCAGUGACUUUAUAUUCACACAGCUUCUAAGGACAUACAUAAGGUUUACAUACCACAUUUCAUUGCCCCUUGUCCAUCGGCUCAGUUCUUGUAGCCAGUUGCCCAUGGUGGAAUUAUCUGCAGGGCUUGACAUGAACUUCUUCUGCCACUUGUCCUUCAGACAAGUAAGACAGAUUUUUUACUUGUCUGAACGGUUAAGGAGAACUGGCCAAAACCUCCCUCUGUUAAGGUGAGUGCAAUGCAGAUACUUGCAAAGGCUAUAAGCCCAGCGUUCAUCAAAGCGCAGCUCCUCUGCCAAGAUCUGCCUGCAAUCUCAGCUCUGCCUUAUAUCAGUUUCUCAGAGUUCUGGUCAGAGUCUUGUAAGCAGGCACAGAUGUGAGCAAUUAGUUCAUGAUUUAGUGAUAUCUUCCCUUACAGGCUGUCCUACAGCUUCACCACACUAUCCCCAUCAUAGGUGGAAAAGACCGUCCCUGAGUUGUUCCAAAGCCAUGUGGUAACUUUGGACUACGCUGGUGGCUGCCAGACUUGCACUGGUCAUGCUCCCCGAGACCGUUGGGCUCCCGUUGACCCUCCUCCCACUGAAGGAGAUGCUGCUUCCCGUUGCUGAAGAAUGCCGGAAGUACCCUCUCGUAGAAGCUGGAGGUCAGAUGACCACUCUUGUGUGCUAUAUGCAGCUGGCAUCAACAGCCCUGGAUGCAGAACAGCCUCUCUCCGGGAAAAUCCACAGCAGACUGGAACCCCGGCCGGUGAUAACCCAACUGGGUCAUGGGUUGACCUCCAGUCGGCGGGAAGGCCUGCGAGGUUGGGCAGGAAAUCUCUCUCUCUCUCCCACCCAGCCGGGUCGUACCGGAGUCUGUGCAAAUAAACAAGGAACAAAGGGUUUGAGUUGUUUGAAAUGCACCACAGUUUCAGGACCUCUCUCCGCCAGUUCUAUGCGGCACAGGACCUCUAAAACCUGCUCUAGCAC